GCUUGGAUGAGACUGUUCUGAAGAGCAGUGUGGCACAGGGUGCUGGUUUCUCUGGCUAUGGAGAACAGAAUGUCAGAUGCAGCAUAAUUUCACUGCUGUGAUGAAGUAGAACAGAGCUUCUGUGGUCCGAAGUCCAAAUGCAUUCAUACAUUGAAGCCCACCCACAUGUGGUCACUAGAGGGUUUUUUUCCAGAAAACAAAAUAAAACAAAACCAACCACAGGUAGUUGCAAAGGAGCAAGACUUCAGUAGCAAAUAAGAAAAAAGCCUCAGGAAAAGUCCAAGGUGCCUUGGAACAGAUGUGUGGGAAAAGUGCUGGGACCAGAGGCUGGAGGGAGCCUGGGGCUGUGACUGAGAGAUGGGAAGAAAAGGGAAGCUGUGGCAGUGCCCAGCAGAGAUGACUGAGUUUAUCCCUUGGGAAAUGGAAUAAGGAUUUGAGUAAAAGAGCAAGCUUUAGUCUUUCAAGUCCUUUGCCAAAGUAACGCAGAUAAGUGUAAAUUUUAUUAUAUCCUACCAACAGCUUUAAGGACAAAAACAUCUUUGCUUCUAAAUACAGUUAAAAUCAGUUUGGGUCUAAAAAAAUUUUAAAAGGUGAAUUUAGCACAGUGCUACCUGAGUAUAAAUGUUGAUUAGGCAGCUUUGCUCCUGGCACACAGAAAUUACUUAAUACAACCACAGUAUCAAACAGAAGAGACACAACAAUAGUGAGCUUUCUGUCCCAUUAUCUUCAAAUAAUGCACUGAGAUUUAUUUCAGCCAUAUUGCAAUAGCUGCAGCAGCUAAUUUAGUGGAAGAAAUAAUAAACAAUACAGAGAAACAAGUCCAGUUAUUUGCUUACUUAAUAGACUUCCUGAAGCUGGAAGUAAACAGUGUUUAUAGUAUCAAAAUUCCCUGCAUACAACCUUCCUCUCCACCGUAACUGGCAGUUUACUGUAAACAUCAGAGUAUAAACAUGUCUUGAGGUUGGUAAGUUGAAUACUAAUUAAUUUGAGCAGAUUUUUCUAGAUGUAAGGGAUAGUAUGAAAGGCCACAGGACAUAAAUAAACAGGCAGCAAAAACUGGCAUCUAGCUAGGAAUACUGGAUGGCAGGUGAAAAUGUCUGUGGAGGACCAACCUCAUUGAGGCCUGUAAAGUUUUUGAGUGUAGAAAUGUGCUUUAUUGUUUCUGUGGAAGCCACUAGAGAGCAGCAUAUAUUUCAGGAAUGUUGAGUCAUGAAUGUAACUGAUAAAUUGACAUUGAGAUGAUCAAUCAGGUAACUACAGAAAAGAGGCAGAACUGGGGCACUACUUGCCUGACUUUCUUACAGAGGCCAUUUUGUUUGAUGAAACUGAGGGGUGGAGAAACAUUUGCACACACGAAAAAGUUAGAACUCCAGCAAAAAUAUCAAGGGAUUUCAUCCUUGUCCACCCUAAUGAAUAAGUGCUGGAGAAAAAAAGGUUUCCAAUGAGAAAUAGAAACUUCCUGCUGUCUGGAACUGCUGUCUUUUCAAUGGGUUGACCAACACAAUGCUUCCUUGUGAUCUUUGGGUAAAAGAAGAAUCAUGAAAAUUAAGUUGAAGGAAGCAAAGAGAAAGAGAAGGCAAAAGAUGUGCGAUUCUGAGCAGAGAUUUCUUUUACAAUACUUUGUAAAACAAAGAGAAGCUACAAUCUCUUUACAUUAAGUUUGUCAUAUAAGAUUGACUUUGCAAGUCUGAAUGGUGUUAAAUCAACUCAGCAGUCCAACAAUAAAAGUAAUCGAGAUAUCUGAGAGAAAGGAUAGAAAAAUAUGAACUAGAAGAAGAUUAAAGAAGUCAGAAAUGCUAAACAAGAACAGAUCAAGCAUAUGCCUUUGGCCCAAACUUGAAAACUGAGGGAACAGAAAGAUGAAGCAGAAAAAGGACAAUGCAAGUGACCUGGCAAUUGCACCAUGGUACUGCCUCAGAGCACUGAGAGGGCUGUUUACAUAUAUUAUGAAUAAUGAACCCUUACCCUGUGUGCUGGAGCUACUAGUCAGCCUACAGCAUCUGUACCAGCCCAGAGGGAUUUCAGAAGAACCCACCAUUUCAUUUUCUUCUAGUCACAAAGAAGCCACGACUGGAAGCUCUGGAUACAAGCAGAUGAAAGGGUAAGAAACAUAUUAUCACCAUCCCAAACAUUGAAUACUUCUGAAAAAAUACAUCUCACAAUAAGCACUUCCCCAGGACCUUGUGUGAACUAUUUAACAAGAGCACAAAGACAGGUGGCUUUGCCAGCCAGGCAAGAUCUUAAGAUGUAGAUGUUUAUGUUUUUUUAACCUCCAAUUAUCUCUCUGGAGUAGAGGAGACUGCUUUUAAGGCUGCACAGAGCAGGAAGUGCUAGGUAUAUUCAUAAAGGUGUGGCUUAGCUCCCUAGCAAUUCCUUGGCAACAGGGACAGCUAGCCUUAAGUAAAACAAACAGGCUUUGUGGAAAUCAAAAGUUGAGAUGCAAGCUGUUCACAUCUCUUUGAUUAAAGCAGCCAGUCUUUGAUUGAAGGUGAUGGUCUCCACCUUGUUCCCUCAAAACAAACAGAUUCACAAGGUUUGGAUAGAUAAAUCUUGAUAACAGUGCAAAAUAUAGAAUGUUUUUUAAAGUCAGUUUUGCAACAUGCAUUGUGAGAAAAGGAGAAAUUUACACCUCAAUUUAUCAAAAAAUUGAUGUUUUAUACGUCCUCUGGGACUUCUCAUAGAUAGAAUGUAAUCCAGAGUUUUCAAGAACUUUCAAGAACAGCAGGAAGACCUGAUCUCACGUCUUAUGUCUAUAUAAAGUAUGUAUAAAAUGCUGCCCAUUGUGACUCAUGUAUGACAAUGACAGCUGGCCUGAGUGCCCUUAGUGAGGCUGCAGGUGUUCAGCGGUACCUGGCCCUAGAAAAGCUUGAUGUGCCCUAAAGCCAUGGAGUCGUGAUGCUAUGAGGCAGAAGUGUCCCCUCAUUUGCCCAAUACCAUGAGUCACUCUCUUGUUUUUGCCACAAUAACUGAACCGAAUGAGGGAAUGACUCCUGUUUAGGGAGUCAGUUCCUGAUCGGACUCCUCAGCCUCCCUCCUCACACAAAGCAGAGCACUAGAGUCUGGAAAGGAGUAGUUAAAAGUUGGUUAUGUCCUAGACAUCUACUUCACCCAGAGCCAGAGCAUUAUCGGUGCAUUCACCCAAGUCACUGUGGAACCACCCCCAGAAUGUGCCAGGUAACUUCCUCUCAUGUGCCCCAGGGCUCUUUUCCUUUUCCUCAGCACCAUGUAUUUCAGUGUAGAAAAGGCAAAAUCUUAAUGUGUGUUAACUGUGUCACACCAUACUUGAAAUAAUUACUUGAGGAAAACAAGGAAUGACUGAACACAAGGUGACAUUUCCUGUCAAACAAGGGUGUGCCACAUUAGCAGAAGGCUGGGGAAAGGAGGUGAGGUAGUACUGGCACUUAUGAAACAGCUCUGUCAGAGUGUAUUAUCACAAUUCCAACUUGCUGGGAAGGGAAUUGCACCUGCUUGCAUGUGCUUAGUUAUUAUCUGUGCUUAUAAAGCACUUCUAUAACUGUUAAGUGAUAAAAUGCACUGAAUUGCAUCAUAUGGCAACUUAAAUUUAAAAUUUCUAGAUUAUGCCAGAAGGAAUAUUUUAGGAAUAGCUGUCUUCUCUCUGUCUGAAUACAUUUACUAACUGUGCAAUAUGUCUCUUUGAGAAUAUUUCUUCUCAGGAAACCACAUCAUUCUCCUGUAUCAGCCAGAUGUAUCUGUAAGGACACAAUUCCAAUAUUACUUCCACAGUGUGUAAGAUCCAGUGUCAGGCCAAAGGAAGAAAGUUACCUUUAUGGGACAUUAUGGUCAUAUGUAGCCUACAAAUAAAUACCUCUAUAAAUAAGCCUGCCAGGAUUAAAGCUAAAGGAUUGCUUCUUAGGCAGCUUCAUGAACUGCAGAGACAACAGCUGAGAUGUGUUUAAGUGUUUUGUGAUGUUCAGUGAGAUGCACCUGUGCAAAGUUUCCUUCAUGGUCUCUGUCAGCUGUUUCCCCCUGUGGUCAUGACGGCUUCGCACAGUGACUCUUUGGUGGUGUUGUUUGGGGCAACAGCUGGUGCAUAUGGGGCUAAACUGGGUUCGGAUGAGAGGGAACUAAUUCUCUUGGUGUGGCAAGUUGUGGAUCUACACAGCAAGAAGGUAGGGACACUACACAAAUCCCUGGUGAAAGCAGACAACUUGGACUUAAGUGACCAGUGUCGCGAAGUCAGUGGCUUAACACCAGAGGGACUGGGCAAAGCUGAACCACUGGACCGGGUUCUUCAACAGUUUAGUCAGCUGGUAUCCAGUGAUUUGAAAGUACUUGGAAGGAGCUCUUACACCCUCUGCAGUGAUGGCCAGUUACUCAUUCGACAAGUUCUCCACCCGGAAACAUCCAAGAAGAACUUCUUGUUGUCGGACUGCUUCUAUACCUUUUAUGAUCUGCGCAAAGAGUUCCACACAUGCUACCCUAGUUCAGCCUCCGUGAAAGAUCAGACUAUCAAAACCAUGGCAGAAUAUCUAGGCUUAGCGACAGAUGAAGCAGAGGAGGACUUUGGCGUGUGGCAAGUGAAGACCAUGGUGGCUAUAAUUUUCAGCAUGCUCUCAGAAGGUUGUAAUCACGUAUUUACUGAGCCUGAAACUGUGAAAUACAAGUAUGAAACAGGUCCUUGUAGUAAAUCUGAAACUGUGGACAGUGAGACAGUAAUACGUGCCAGAGGUUUGCCAUGGCAGUCUUCAGACCAGGAUAUCGCUCGAUUUUUCAAAGGACUCAACAUUGCCAAAGGUGGUGUGGCUCUUUGUCUGAAUUCUCAAGGAAGAAGAAAUGGGGAGGCUUUGGUUCGGUUUGUCAAUUCUGAACAGAGAGACCUUGCCCUGGAAAGGCAUAAGCAUCACAUGGGUAGCAGAUACAUUGAGGUUUACAAAGCCACUGGGGAAGAAUUCUUAAAAAUUGCAGGAGGCACCUCCAAUGAAGUGGCCCAGUUCUUAUCUAAGGAGAAUCAAGUUAUCAUCCGGAUGAGAGGCCUUCCAUUCACUGCUACUCAGGAAGAUGUCUUGGGCUUCCUGGGGCCGGAGUGCCCAGUCACUGGAGGGAAAGAGGGACUUCUCUUUGUCAAAUACCCAGAUGGCAGGCCCACAGGAGAUGCAUUUGUGUUAUUUUCCUGUGAAGAAUAUGCACAGAAUGCACUUAAAAAGCACAAAGAAAUACUUGGAAAACGUUACAUUGAACUCUUCAGGAGCACAGCAGCAGAGGUCCAACAGGUACUUAAUCGAUACAUGUCAACACCUCUUAUUCCAACUCUUCCAACUCCCAUCAUUCCAGUCAUACCCCCACCAUACACCAUUGCCACGGGCAGCAUCCGUGACUGUGUCCGGCUCAGAGGGCUUCCUUACACUGCUGGCAUUGAUGACAUCUUGGAAUUUAUGGGAGAUGCCACAGGGGAUAUCAAACCCCAUGGAGUUCACAUGGUCCUUAAUCAGCAGGGACGACCGUCAGGUGAUGCUUUUAUCCAAAUGAAAUCUGCUGACAAAGCCUUUAUGGUGGCUCAAAAAUGUCACAAAAAAAUGAUGAAGGACCGUUAUGUGGAAGUAUUCCAGUGUUCUGGAGAGGAGAUGAACUUUGUUUUAAUGGGUGGCACUUUAAAUCGUAGUGGCUUAUCCCCACCGCCAUGUAAGUUACCAUGUCUUUCUCCACCAGCUUAUGCUGCUUUCCAAACAGCAGCUGUGAUCCCAGCAGAGGCAGCAGCCCUUUACCAGCCACAAGCCCUCUUGCCAACCACCAGGACACCCCAGGCCUCUGCAGCUGCUCCUCCAGCUGUUACCUACUACCCAGCCCAGGCUGCUCAGCUUUACAUGAACUACACAGCUUACUAUCCCAGUCCUCCAGUAUCCCCUACCACAGUGGGGUACAUUGCAGCUCCUCCAGGAGCUGUGGCAGCUGCUGCCUCUGCCACCCACACUCCGAUCCUGCCCCAGCCUGGAGCCUUAGUCCGGAUGCAGGGCUUGCCAUAUAACACAGGAAUGAAGGAGAUACUCAGUUUCUUCCAGGGGUACCAGCUCCAAGCAGAUUCCAUCCUCAUGCUUUACAACUUUAGUGGCCAGCCCAGUGGCGAGGCAUUGGUGACUUUUCCAAGCCUGGAUCUAGCUAAGAAAGCAGUGGCUGAGAGAAACGGACAGCUCCUGGGAAGCCGCUGUGUACAAUUGUACCUGGUCUAAAUGAACACUCUCUGGUGGAUGAGGAAAGGAUGUUGCACUCAACACCGUGCCUUUUGCAAAAUAAGUCUUCCCUUGCCACCCAGGCAGCAACAAAUGUGCCUUUUCAGCAUAACGUGUUGGAAUGCAGCAUGGUGCAUGUCCUUUUUAAUUUGAAAAAUGGCAUCUCCUAUGCCAAAGGUAAAGUGAAACCAAACAUUAUGUAGUUAAUUUACUUAAUUUCUAACGUACCUGUGUAAAAAGAAGCAAAGCUGCUCCUGGCAUGUAGUUAAUUCUGAAGACAGUCCAAUUGCACUUCAGCUACCACAGCCGCGGGCAAAACUUAGUAGCAUUUGAAGUGGAAAACGAUGCUUGAGUCAUUCAGAUUCUUCUGUGUUUAGUUUUUAAGAGUUUACACUUGACAAAGUGUCUCGUUCUUGUAGAGUUUAAAUGUCUUUAGAAAGGUCUUUUGGAAUGCAUGGCUUACCCAGUUCAAAGCGUAGAUCAUAUUGAUUUUUGUUUUGUUUUGUUCUUGACUGGAAAAUAUCAGGAUGCUGGAUCCUGAAUGAAAUUGUGCUUUUUCAUGUUUUCAUUAGACAUUGUUUCGCAAAAGCCAUAUUUGAUCUUCUUACCAGUGUACUGCUGCCAAUGUAUAAAGCAAAAAAAAUAAAAACAACAGCAAAACCAGAAAAAUCUCCUCCUCCUACACAUAACUCCCUGCCCCAAACCCCAAAUCUUUUAAUCUCUACAGGACAAAAAUGGCACAUAAACCUGAGUACUAAUAAGUUAUAUUUUUUUAUUUAAGCAUAAUAGCUUUCAGAUACUGUAUUAAAGAUUUUGCUCUAGUUUAUGUGCAUGCAAUUUGUUUACAUCUUUAAACUACUUUAUUUGUAUAUUAUGAAACAGCAAGAUAUGUUGAAAUCUGAAUUCUCUAGUGCAUGCUUUUUUUCUUUUUUCCCCUGUGUGUAUAUACAUAAGCUAGAAGUACUUUUAUGUCAUGUAGCAUGUGUUUAAAAAAAAGACAUCUGCUGUAGAAGCACUAAAUUACUUUGUUUUUACUGUGCCUUACUUCUAAACCAUUCCAAGUGCAAUACCAGCAGAGCAAAAUGUAAUUAAUUCUGUUGUUGACAUGUUCAUGGAUGUCUGUAUUGAUCUUUUUUGUUAGUGUACAAUUUGAGUUGUACUUUAAAGAACUGAAUGAUGUAUGCUUCUUUAUAUUACAAUAAAUAAAAGAGAUGCUUA